AUGGAAGAAAAUAUUGGGAGAGGUAGGCAUGGAAAGGAAAGCAAUGCAAAUGCUUCCGCUCGUAGAGAGCUUGCUGCAAAUCGCCCUGCAAAACGAGGUCGUAGUAAGCAGCAAGGACCAACUCCGGCGCGAGGAACACAUGAUGCUGAGGCGGGUGGUUCGCGUACGCGUACACCGUCACGUUUAAGCCAAACACAAAAUGCUGAUGAUGAGUUUGACGCGAAUCAAUUUCUAAAUCAGGAUGCCGAGUAUGGCGAACCUGAAGAACCACAACCUGAAGAACCGCAACAACCACCACGACAGACACCGCAACAGCGACCACGGCAACCACGACGAGAUGCAGUAAAUGAGGGUUACGGAGGAGGACCAAGUGAUAUGUCAUUAUUAACACAAUACGGAAAUCAUAGGGCGGUUCCGAUAUGGGAUGCAGCACCAGAUGAUCACGAGGUUUUAAAGAGGACUCUGCGUUGCCAAGCUAGCGGGAAAAAGGUUAUAAAUAUCGUCAAACCGCCUCGUAGUGAGAGAUGGCAUCCGGAAACAAGUACUUUCCACCUUCCAUUAGGUGAGCUCGACAUCACAUUGGACGAUGUCCAAUGUCUGUUACAUCUUCCAAUCCAAGGAAAGUUUUUGAACCAUACGAAGAUGUCAAGGGGAGAAGGGGCUGACAUGGUUAGUUCAGAUCUAGGAGUUGAGCGAGAGGAGAUUGAUAUAGCUUUCGCCGAAACCAACGGGGUACAUUUGAAGCAUUGA